AUGCCUCCAAUCCAAGAUACUCGCAAAUUCACCUCCAAAUCCAACAGUCAACCCAAAGCUCAAGCUCAAGCGCAGGCACAUGGCGAAGGUAAACCCACCACCACAGCCCAGCAUCCUCGGGAAACUAGUCUAAUCGAACGCCUGAACAGAAACAUCCUCCAGACAAUCGUCUACCUCGAGGACGAGUACAAGGGCAGUGUUCUCAUUCCAGCACAGAAUCCCGAUCCGGCACCGGCGAAACGGCUUUCUCUUCUCACGGUGAAAGACAGCAGCAGUGUUGAACAUACCACGCAUGUCCUGCUCCCGUUGAGCACGCAUCCGGUGCUGGACCGGUUAUCCAGUACAAUCCCCAGCUGGAAGCCACACUCGUCUUCAGGACCAGGAUCCCGCUCAGAUUCUGCGUCCUCAGGUACCUCCUACUCAUCCUUCUCAAACAACCUCCCUCACAACAACAUCGAAUACAUCCCAAGGGGGACGCAAAUGGUCAAAUGGGUAGGAAUCCCGCUCCCCACAGCCAUCAACAACCAUCACCACCACCUGCACAGCACACCGGAAGACUUCAUCGAGGCACUCGACCGGUCAAUCGAGAUGCUAGGGGCGAAUUUCAUCGUCGAUGACCCAGAAGAGGCACCGUCGCAAGAACGGGCGUUCCUCAUGGAGAUCCGCGGUCUUUUUCGAGAUCGAUUAGAUGCGCUCGCUUCAGCGCAGAGACAUGUGGACCUGUUGGACCAGCUUGUUAGAGGUGGGUUUGUUGAGUUGGGGGAGAUAUUUGGGGGAGGGAAAAUGGAGUAG